GAAAAAAGUGGGAAGUCCAAGGGGACUGCAAAAAAAAAGAAGGCACCGAAAAAUGGAAAGAGGAAGAAAAAAGACAAAGACCUGACACCAGACAGGGGACUAUAGUUACCUUGGAACAACUCUACGACAGUCUGACAUCGAGCCUAUGCCGUCUUUAUCUGAUGUUCGGCAGGUUGUAGCCCUGUAUGCUGUCCUGCCUUUAGGUUCCCAAGCAGUUCAUGAGAAAGCUCCCCCUGUGAAGGCUAUGCUGCUAGUGGGACCAUCAGGAGUAGGUAAGAAAAUGCUGGUCCAUGCCAUCUGCCAGGAGACUGGAGCCAACCUGUUUGACCUUUCACCUUUAAACGUAGCUGGGAAAUACCCCGGUAAAAGUGGACUGCAGAUGAUGUUACAUAUGGUGUUUAAGGUUGCCAGACUGAUGCAACCCUCUGUUAUAUGGAUUGGAGAUGCUGAAAAGAUGUUUUACAAAAAAGUACCAAGGGAUGAAAAGGAGUUAGAUCCAAAGCGCCUGAAAAAAGAUUUGAACAAAAUUCUCAAGUCCAUCAGAGGAGAAGAUUGUGUUCUGAUUGUGGGAACGACAAAUGAUCCACAAAGUGCAGAGCUCAAGUCCUUCUGCAAAUUCUACAAUAAAAUCAUACUCAUACCUCGACCAGACUACGCAUCCAGAUAUGUCAAACGUCUGUAUGUUUUCAAAGUGAUAUGGAAAGAGCUGAUAAGAAAGAAUGGUGGGGAAGUGACCAGCGAUCUGGAUCUCAGCUCUCUGGCAAAGAUCUCUGAUGGAUACACGCAAGGUCACAUGGUGCAGGUGGUGCUGAGCGUCUUGACAGAACGGCGCAUUCAACAACUCCCUAAAAGACCACUAACAGCAUCAGAGUUUGUGUCUCAUCUUGCUAGAAUCGACCCUGUGUUUCAGGAAGAAGAAGAGGCCUUGAAAAACUGGUACGCCAAGACUCCCCUCGGCAAGAAGAGAGUUAAAGCCUCCUCGGGAAAAGAGGGUGAAGAAGAGACCCCAGAAAAAGGAGGCAAAGGUGGCAAGAAAAAAGUAAAAAAGUAACUAUGUAAUCAGUAUCACAUUUUCCUGCCUUUAGAAAUUAUUGUUUUUGUAACAUUUAAGGCAUAUAUGUCGAAUGCAUUAUAAAAGUAGUUUUAAUGUAUUAAUUAUGUAUUAAUUAUGCCUUGUAAUGCACCUUAUAAUGUCUCAUGAAUAAUUGUAACUACAGUUUAUACAUUAUAACAUCAAUUCAUUGUAACACUUUGCAUUUUUAAUUGGUUAUAAUUCUUCAAAACAACAUUUAAUGUACAGUAUUAUAACCCACAUUAUGAACAUUUAAUAACUAUUCAUAAUGCAUUACACCCAAAGGCUUAUCAAUGUUUUUGUUUGCUUAUCUUUCAUUACCUUGCGAUUUGUAUUUUUGUGUAAGCAGCUUUGAAAAGUGAAAUAAAUCAAUAAAAAGGCAGCAGUCUGUAGAUGCUUCUAAAAAUACAUAAAUGCCGAUACCUAUCUCUAGUCCAUUUAACCCCACCAUAGGGCUUAUACUAUCUGAAUUGAUGUUAUUGUCUUUUGCUUUGAUUCUAUUUAUGUACACACACAUUUUUAAUCAAUUGUAUUAAUGUUUAAUUGUUUUUUCAAAUCCAAUGUAUUUGUGAUCUUAAAUCAAUGAUCUCUGUCAAUCAUUUUAAUGAAAGCACU